UAUUAUUGCCGAUUGCUGCAACGAAGGCGCAACUUUUGCUACUGCGGCUGCGGCUGCUGUCUUAUCAAACGCGCUUCAAGGUGGACGACCUGCCAGCUGCUGUUAUCGACUCUUUUGAGCCCUUAGGCAGCCAGCAGCCAACAGUUCCUAUAAAAGCGUUUAGCGCAGAACCCAAAGGCAUCAGUUCACAUCGUCAGCUUCUCUACGCAGCACAACAGAACAACCUCAAAAAACCCCAAACUCAACAUGUUCAAAUUCGUUGCUAUCGUCGCUCUCUUGAUUGCCUCCGCUUCGGCUGGCCUCAUCGAGACCCACCAUGUGGUGCAUGAGCCCGUUCUCGCCAAGGUGGGCACCGUGGUGCACAGCGCUCCUUCUGCCGUGUCUCACCAGAGCAUCACCCAGGUGCACAGCAAGCCAGUCAUCCAACAUGUUGUUGCUCCCGUCUUGAAGACCACAGUUCAUGCUGCUCCUGCUAUUGCUGUUCACUCUGUUCCCGUGGUUCACGCUGCUCCUGCCAUCGCUGUUCACUCUGCUCCUGUGGUUCAUGCUGCUCCAGUUGUCCACGCCGCUCCAGUUCUGCCUGUGGUGCACUCUGCUCCUCUAGUCAAGUCUGUGCUGCACACAUCUCCCUUGGCCUACACUCUGCAUCAUUAAAUUAGCGCAAAUUUGAAUUUGUUUUGUUAUACACGAAAAUAAAAAAAAUAUAAAAGUAUUAUU